GAUUUUUAGAGCAACAUAACGUUUACCAUGAAAUAAUCUGUACGUAAUCACAUAAUGACAUUUUCUGCGUCGAAUCUGCGUGUAUAGAUGGUAAGUUAGGUGUGCCUGUGGGUUGUUUUGGUUGACAAAAGCUGCAUGAUUUACGUGAAGAAGAAUGGCGAUCUCUAUAGCCAUCUUGGACUGUGAUCUGCUCCUACAUGGUCGAGGCCAUAAAACCCUGGACCGCUUUGACCUGGACUCUGUCUCAGACAACUUCCUCCUCACACAAUUUGGCUUCCCCAGAGAGUUUAUCCUGUAUCUGGUGGAGUUCCUCAGGGAGUCUCUGUGUAGACGCACCCAACGGUCUCGAGCCAUCAGCCCUGAGGUCCAGGUGUUGGCUGCUUUGGGCUUCUACACAUCAGGCUCUUUCCAGACGUCUAUGGGAGAUACUAUCGGCAUCAGCCAGGCAUCAAUGUCAAGAUGUGUGUCCAAUGUGACCAGAGCCCUUGUGGAGAAAGCUCCCCAGUUCAUCACAUUCAACAGAGAUCCCUCCAGCAGAGAGCAGUCCUUCCAAGAGUUUCAGAGGGUGGCAGGAUUCCCGGGAGUUCUGGGGGUUCUGGACUGUGUUCAGGUUGCUAUCAAAGCUCCAAACAGCGAAGACUCGUCAUAUGUGAACAAGAAGGGGUUUCACUCUGUCGGCUGUCAGCUGGUUUGUGACGCCAGAGGAUUGUUACUCAGUGCAGAAACACACUGGCCAGGCGGACUCAAAGACACUGAUGUUCUAGAAAGAUCUGCUCUCCACAAACAGCUGCAGGAAACUUCAGAGGGCUGGCUGCUGGGUGACCGACGUUAUCCUCUAAGGAAGUGGUUGAUGACUCCGGUGGAUUGCCCAGAAUCCCCUGCAGAGUUUCGAUAUAAUCUUGCUCACACUGCUACGCAUGAGAUAGUGGACAGAACCUUCAGAGCCAUCCAGACCAGAUUCAGAUGUUUAGACGGCACCAAAGGAUACCUACAGUACUCUCCAGAGAGGAGUUCAUCCAUCCUGCUGGCCUGCUGUGUUCUCCACAACGCCUCCCUGCAGUCAGGAUUAGACGCCUGGACUCUGGAGAGGACGGACCCUCUGGAGCAGCCCGAGAGCCUCGAACAGAGACCCGAAGACCGCGACAGCCAAGCAGAGGACCUCCGGAAACAGCUCAUACUCAAACAUUUCAGCUAAACCGCCAGAGUGGACUCUUCAGUGUUACUGAUCUCAAGACAGUUUACUAAAGACUAAGUCAACUGGGACGAGAGCAAAUCAAGACUUUUACAAAUAAAUGACAUUAAAAGUCACAUUUAAGACAAGAA